GAAGCCCUCCAGUGCUGGGAAUUGUGGGUGAUUCUUCCUCGACACGUUCUAUUGCCAUCUCUGCUGUCUUAGGUUUGUACAGAGUACCUAUGGUAAGUUUUCCUCCAUGUCACUUACUUGUAUCAAUCUGAUUUAUUUGCAUGUUAUUGUAAGUUGUAGACACAAAUCAGUCAACUUUAACAAAGCUGGAAGCAACAGUAAAGACUUGGAGAGUAUUAGGAUAUGUAGUCUGUGUCUUCCACAGGUGAGCUAUUUUUCCACAUGUUCCUGCCUGAGCAACCGGCAAAAGUUUCCGUCCUUCUUUAGGACAAUCCCAAGUGAUGCUUUUCAGGUUCGUGCUAUGAUUCAGAUUCUAAAACACUUUGACUGGACUUGGGCAGGUCUGCUGGUCAGUGAUGAUGACUACGGACUCCAUGCUGCCCGAUCCUUCCAGUCUGACCUGAGUCUGUCUGGUGAAGGGUGUCUGGCUUACUUAGAAGUUUUGCCUUUGGGCACUGACCCAGCUGAACUGAGGAGAAUUGUGGAUGUGAUGAAGAAAUCCACAGCUCGUGUGGUCAUUGUGUUUGCACAUGAGGGUCACAUGAUUAAACUCAUGAAGGAGGUGAUGAGGCAGAAUGUAACAGGCCUGCAGUGGAUGGCCAGUGAAGCCUGGACAGCGGCUCCUGUGCUCCAGACCCCUCAGCUCAUGCCAUACUUGGGUGGCACACUGGGCAUCGCCAUCCGUCGCGGAGAAAUCCCAGGACUCAGGAAAUUCCUGUUACAAAUACAUCCCAGUCUGCACAACCACAGCAACAGCUAUGGGAACAGCAUGGUGAGAAGUUUACCCUUUUUUCCACCUCGAUCAGUGUGCAGUGAGAGCUGUCCUCCAGACUCCAUGGAGUGCAUCAUUUGUCCAGAGGACUUCUGGUCCAGCCCCCAGCGUGACCAAUGUGUUCCAAAGAAGACAGAGUUCCUCUCCUACCAUGAUCCUCUGGGCCUCCAAGCCAGGAGGUGA